GCCACAACUAUCAAAAUGUCAUCCACCGGCGCUACCACCAAGGCUACUCGCCGUCUUCGGGACUGCGCCUUUGUUUUUAACAAGAAGGGUGGGUUGGCCUUUGCCGAGGACAACAGCUCCAGCGACGAAGUCUCUGUCAUCGGCGGCAUGAAGGUCGGCUACCCGGGCAACCACCAGACGCGCUUCUACGUCAACGAUUUAGCCAUGCAUGGUCCUCACGUUGGCCUGAGGAUCAUUUUCCCGGUCCUCCAGAACCUCGAUUACGUCAGCUUCAGCGACUGUCACGGUAAACCCCUGAAAGAACGUUCCAUCACCAUCCAACUGAAAGCCGGAACGUUCGUGAGCUCUGGAAGGGUCUUGUCGCCGGAGGACCUUGCCAGACUGCCCCCCCGUACCAGCGAUAAGAACGACACCCUGUCGGUCUUGCGGUUCACAUUAAAGGCCAACGAGAAGGCAUACGUCGAGAACUACGGCAUGCCCACGGUCUGCGUGAGUCCUGCGGACCAGGCGAUCUUCGACAAGGACGCGAAGAUUGACGACGCCGUGAGCCUUCGGGAGUUUUGUUUCCAGAGGGCAUUCGAGGUCAUUAUCCCGAAUUUCUCCACCAGGCUCCCCGCUAUCAACAACCAGUUGAGGACAGUUUUCCCGCCGCGGUUCGAGACCCCGUAUCCGUAUACCAACGGAGAGUGGAACCCUGCUCGGUUCGAGGUUGAGCUCAAGGAAUUCGCUAGGGACACACCGUACCAACCGAGUUACAAGUUCCAUCGUCACCAAGACUAUGCGGUGGCUAUUGCCCAUGGCGUCGUGCAGGACGCCUACCACUUCAUGAAGGACGUCAUGGCCAUUCGCAAGGAAAGGGUCGAGUGCGCGUUUCUGAAGGUCGCGCCGGACAAUACCAAGGAAUUCCGUGUUCUCGUCUGGCACCAUCUCGACCUAACAUCGAGGCAGAAGGGAAAGUUCGGAAACACGCUGGCCCGCCUCCUGAAGGGAGAUGCCCGAUUUGGCCUAGCCUUUGCGCCGCCGCCGGUAGACAAAGCCAAGGACACUGAUUUCUGGAGAGCCCGGCAGAUUUCCGCGGACCCUUGGAAGGAGACUGGGUGCGACUUCGCUAUGGAGAUCCGCCGCCCGCUUGGUCCCAAUAACCCCGGAAACAGGGUUGCCAGGCGCGACAUUGUCGCCUUCGACACGUACAACGAGUUCGAAGAUGGCGAGGACGUUGCGAAAGCCCGCGUCAAUGCCGUUAACCCUCUCUGGGAAGAAUACGCCCCGGCGACCGACGUCAAGGUGGCGGCCAAGGCUUACGAGCAGCAAAUCGCGAACCUCAUCAAGAAUGAUUUGCUUGCCGGGUCAGGGUUCAACACAUUGUUGCAUUCUCCUGCCCCGCCUACGAACCUUACUGGCGAUGACGCCGAGGUCGACUCCAUCACGAACGCCCCGCAGGGCAUGAAACUUGUCCACGGCCAGCACUCACUGAAAAAGGUCAACAUCGACACCGGCAACACCAAGAACCGGCUUUGGGCCAUCGUCAGGGACGGCAUCGGCGAGGCUACGUUCGAGCGCUUCUGCGAGUACAUGAAGGUCAAUCGCCUCGGGGUCAUCCCGCUCAUUGGGUUUGCCGGCUCCGGAAAGACCCAGAUGAGCAGCUACGUCUCCUUCUUGCUGAUGCAGGCUGUUGGGUCGCUUUACUGCGCGGCGCCCACCCACGUCGCGACGAGCAACUUUGCCGAGCGCCUCUUCGACCUCGGCGUCAAGGCCGCCAAGGAGCUCGGUUCGAACUGUCGUGCCCCCCUCGUCGUCCGCGGCUACAGGAUAAAUAAAGACCUCGACGCCUUCGAGAAGAUUGCUCUCCGAUUUGACUUGAGCAAAGUGGCGGACCCGUUCGUCACCGCCCGAUGGAAUCUCCGCUUGUCGGUCUGCGAGUGGCUGCUCAAGGUGGUCGGGGCGCCAGGCUACAAGCUGGCCGAAAUAGACCCGGAGCAACUGCACGAUCUCCGCAAGGAGUUCCUGGGGAAAGCCCAUUACGGUACCCUGCGUCUCUGGCUGGAGGGCAAACUUGACUCAGGUUUCCGGGGACAGCGAGACGGCACCUCGGACACGAGGUCCCCGUGCGAGAUCGCCGAAGAGGUCAUGGUACAAAUUAUCAUGAGGUCCAAUGCGGUCUGCUCCACUCCCCACCUCGCCGGCCAGCCCCCCUACAGGCUAUAUAACAGGGACCUAGCUAAAGGAGUGGUCCUCGACGAGGCUGGAGCCAUGCACGUGGCCGACGCGCUUCUGGUGUGGGGCCCCGGAUGCCGCCCCUGUGUGCUAGCCGGUGACGAGCGGCAGCUAGCGCCGACGGUCAUGACGCACGGUGAGAAGCGCCAGGGCAGGAUCGUCAACGUGUACUCGAACCAGAGCAAGAUCUCGGUGCUCGAGAAGCUCCGCCGCUCCGGCUGGCCGUGCUUCAUCCUGACGACGCAGUACCGCGUCGUCAAGGGCUCGUUCGAUCUCGCGCAGUCCAUCAUUUACCCGGACAUCAAGGGUCUGUUCGAGUACGGCGAGACUACGGCCCUCGGGCAUCAUCCCAUGGCCACAAAGAUCGAGACAUGGGUGACGAUGGAGUACAACGCGAGCGCCUCGCCCGCCGGUACGAUUUUGCCCCUGUUCUUCCACUGCCACGGCUCGCGCUGUGAGGUGGACAAGGCCAUGGUAUCACGGUACAACGAGGGCCAGAACGGGCUCGUUGUCAAGCUCGUUCGGGGCCUUGUCGGUCUCGGUGUGACGACCAGCGAUAUCGUCGUCAUUACGCCGUAUCGGGCCAACCUGAAGCGGCUCGAAAUGGCCCUGCAGGCCGCUGGCUGCGACGUGGCGGUCAGCACCACCGACUCGUCCCAGGGUCGGGAGGCGCUGGUCGUCGUUCUCGCCCUGGUCGUGGACCGCACCACGGGACCGCUCUUCGUGGCGGACUCGCACCGGAUCUGCGUCGCCACCACCAGGCACGUCGGCGCCCUGUUCGUCGUUGGCGAUAUCAACAGCGCUAGGGACACCAAGGACAGGGUCGAGGAGGCGGUGAGGUCCGACGAGGGCCAGCAUUUGCUGCUGAACAGGACUGCAUAUCGCAAGUUCAUGCAGUAUUUCAAGGACAAUCGCCGAGUUGUCGAGUACUUCGGCCCCGGGACCGAGCCGGAUCAGCCUCCUAGGGAGGCGAGUGCUGGGGCUGGCGGCGCCGGCGCGCGUGGCGGCCGUGGUGGUCAGGGGGGCAGCCGUAGGGGCAGAGGGGCCGGUGGCCGUGCUGGGGCCGGGGCCGGCCGCUGGUAG